AUGUUUGCACACGUAGAGGAUCACACCGAUGCUUUCCACCAUCCCGAAAACCGACGGUUUCGCCGCUUUUCCUUCUCCCCCUGGCAGUCUGUUACUGUCCGACUGCCGCAAUCCUUAAGACGGGAUGCGCGCGAACAUUUAAUCUCCUCCCUCUCGAAGAUGCACCGGAUUCAGACAUCGCAAUGA